AUGGUGGAUGUUUUACAGGUCAAUCAGCACCCGGCACCAUUUCCACACAAGAUGGGCCAAGAUGAUCUUGACUACUAUGUGGCGAAGCUUCACGAACAAGAGAUGAGAUUAAAUAAUUCCAGCAAACGUUCGAAACGAUUCAGACGUGAACGGCCACGGUUACUAGAUUCAUUCCCUAGUAGUUCCAAGAGCAGAAACGAUGACCGUCGACGUGACGAUAGUCGAGUACGACGCUCUGCUUGGACGGUAAAUAGCUACAGAAGAGAUGAAUCACAUGAUAGUGAUGGAGAGGAUGAUUUGAGAUUGAAAACUUCCAAAUCUAAAGGUCAUAAGCACGCUGAACAUGAUUCUAAACAUCAUGAUAAUAAAAAUAGUCAUGAUGCUCACAAAACUAAAAGUAGUGACGAUGACCACACAAUAAAUUUAAAGAAUGACCAUAAAAAAGAUAGUAAUGCUGCUGGAAAAAGUACUAGGAGUGACCAUAAAAAAGAUGACAAGAAACAUAGCAGAAGGAAUAGCGACAGAAGAGGUGAUAGACGUGAUAGCAUAAGUGAUGAUAGACGUGAUAACCAAAGGGAUGAUAGACGUGAUAGCAGAAGUGAUGAUAGACGUGAUAACCGAAGGGAUGAUAGACGUGAUAGCAGAAGUGAUGAUAGAAGUAAUUACCAAAGGGAUGAUAGACGUGUUAGCAGAAGUGAUGAUAGACGUGAUAACCGAAGGGAUGAUAGACGUGAUAGCAGAAGUGAUGAUAGACGUGAUAACCGAAGGGAUGAUAGACGUGAUAGCAGAAGUUAUGAUAGAAGUGAUAGCAGAAGUGAUGAUAGACGUGAUAACCGAAGGGAUGAUAGACGUGAUAGCAGAAGUGAUGAUAGACGUGAUAACCGAAGGGAUGAUAGACGUGAUAGCAGAAGUGAUGAUAGACGUGAUAACCGAAGGGAUGAUAGACGUGAUAGCAGAAGUGAUGAUAGACGUGAUAACCGAAGGGAUGAUAGACGUGAUAGCAGAAGUGAUGAUAGACGAGAUAAUAGAAGGGAUGAUAAUCGGGAUAAAUCAAGUUUCAUUGAAAGCAGAUCGCACAGAUCAAAUGAUGAUAGGCAGAGUGACAGACGUGACGAGGACAUGAAUUUUACCAACGAAGCGGACUUUUCACGUGGAAAGCGUCAGUGA